AUGAAACACAGUGGUUGUUGUAUUUCAGUAGAAGUUCCGAGGAACUUCCGUUUAUUAGAAGAAUUGGAGGAUGGUCAGAAGGGUAAGGGUGAUGGUAAUAUUUCGUGGGGAUUAGAAGAUGACGACGAUAUGACACUCACUCGAUGGACUGGCAUGAUUAUUGGACCACCGAGGACUCCUUUCGAAUCACGUAUUUACAAUUUACGUUUGGAAUGUGGUACGAAUUAUCCGAAAGAGGCACCAAUCGUCAGAUUUACAACGAAAAUCAAUUUGAAUGGAGUGAAUCAAUCUAACGGGAUGGUGGAUAGGCGUUAUGUACCCGUGUUACGUCAGUGGAAUAGUUCGUUCUAUAUAAAGACGAUACUUGAGGAUAUACGGAAGAAUUUAAUGACUGCAAAAGAGAAUAUGAAAUUACCGCAACCACCCGAGGGUGCCACCUAUUAA